UAUUUUCUUCAUUUUUUCAUUCCUUUUCUCAGCAACCAAACAGAAGUAUACUCUGAUAUUUGCUCUGCAUUAUGAAAAUUUGGGGUUGAGAUAAAAGCGAGGGUGCACAAGCCAUGGUCUUUGCAUAGGAACAAUGAAGAACAACAGCAGCAGCAGCAGCAACCACAUCGCAAGCCUCGAUUCCAGAUUCAACCAAACCCUCAGAAACGUUCAGGAGUUACUUAAGGGCCGCAGUUUCCCUGGUAAAGUAUUACUAACACGGAGAUCGGACCCAUUGGAUAGCUCAAGUGUUCAAGAACGCAGUCCAGAUGAUGAAAGGAGUUUCUCAGACAAUGAUACUGGACCUAGUGAUCGUAUAGACAAGUCUGUUGAGGAAGAAGAUGAAGGCACAGGCAAGCCAAAUAACACUGCAACUGCUAAUAAGUUAAAAUCUUCAAAACCAAAUACUGAGAACACACCCAAAGAGGUUCCGAAAUCCACAAUGGGUGCUAGAGCUACAGAUUCAGCAAGGGUUAUGAAGUUCACGAAGGAGCUAUCCGGGCCAACUGUCAUAUUAGAAACAUUGCGUGAGUUAUCCUGGAGUGGCAUACCACCAUAUAUGCGCCCCACUAUAUGGAGGCUUCUUUUGGGAUAUGCACCACCUAAUUCAGAUAGAAGGGAGGGUGUUCUGAAAAGGAAGCGCCUUGAGUAUCUUGACUGUGUUUCUCAGUAUUAUGACAUUCCAGACACUGAACGCUCGGAUGAUGAAAUCAACAUGCUACGCCAGAUUGCUGUUGAUUGUCCAAGAACGGUGCCUGAUGUUUCUUUCUUUCAAGAAGAGCAAGUUCAGAAAUCCCUGGAGCGCAUUCUUUAUACCUGGGCGAUUCGACAUCCUGCAAGUGGCUAUGUUCAAGGAAUAAAUGAUCUUGUGACCCCGUUCUUAGUGGUUUUCUUAUCAGAAUACUUAGAAGGGAGCAUGGAUAAUUGGUCUAUAAUUAAUCUGUCUCCGGAGAAAAUCUCUAACGUAGAAGCUGAUUGCUAUUGGUGCCUAUCAAAGUUGCUCGAUGGUAUGCAAGACCAUUAUACAUUUGCUCAACCAGGAAUACAAAGACUUGUGUUUAAGCUGAAGGAAUUGGUCCGACGGAUUGAUGAACCUGUUUCAAGGCACAUGGAGGAGCAAGGGCUUGAAUUUCUUCAAUUUGCUUUCCGUUGGUUCAACUGUCUUCUAAUACGAGAGAUACCUUUCAAUCUUGUUACCCGCCUUUGGGACACAUAUCUUGCGGAGGGAGAUGCGUUGCCAGAUUUCCUUGUGUAUAUAUUUGCCAGUUUUCUUUUAACGUGGUCGGAUACGCUUCAGAAGCUUGAUUUCCAAGAGCUGGUAAUGUUCCUUCAACACCUUCCAACUCAUAACUGGACUCACCAAGAGCUUGAGAUGGUGCUUUCCAGGGCUUAUAUGUGGCACACCAUGUUCAACAGCUCCCCCAGCCACUUAGCUAGCUAAAAACAAGUAAUAUUAUUCAUCUAUUAACAACCCCGAAAUUUUCUUUCCCUUGUCUUUAAUUUUUUGUUUUUCCUACUACUUGGUUCGAUACUUCGACAAAGUGGUUUAUUAUCGAUAAUCAUGUGUUCUCAUUUGUGGCUUGUAACAUCUGUAUUUUCAACAUUUCCUUGUAGAUUUACCUUCUCCAAAAGAAAGAAAGUUAACUCUUCCUUCGUGUAAUGGUCAUUAAUUUCCAUGAACAAUGGGGUUCUGACGAAACAUAAUCUGGUAUUUUUAUUAGUUUUUA